AUGGAGUGGAUAGUACAGAAGACAGCGCGGCGCAUUGCCGUACCUAUUGACUCACUACAGGUGAGUCAGACGCUCUCCCCUCGGCCCAGCGCCAGUUCCAUCGACAUCCGGAUGGACACGGACACGGUCCAGCAGCACAGGACAGCCGCCCGGGCCGAGCGGGCUAGCGAGAAGAUGAAGAGAAGACAGGUGAUCCUGAUCUCGCUAGUGUGUCUGCUUGGAUCUGUGGGUAUCCUGGUCCUGGUGGUGCUGUACCUGAAGAGUACAGUAGAGAUGGUCUACCUCACGUCCCAAAUACAAGAACGCACGGAGUGGCGAACUAAGGUAAUGCACGCCAUAUAUAGCCUGAUAGAGGAGAGAGGCCUUACGGCGCUUCUCAUCGUCUCCAAGCAGCGUCACAGCGACCAGGACAUCGGGAUCGUGCUGAGCAGAGUGUACGACGCGUUUGAGGUCACCGACACUGAUAUCACAGAAAUCCCCGGCUGGCCGGACAAGGACAUCGAACACAGCCCGCCGUCCAGCGCGUUCCACUCUCGCGAGAACUUCCUGCGGCAGCUGAACCUGCACCGCACGAAGAUCGAGACGGGCGCCACGUGUGUGGGCAUGAUGACGUUCUACACGCAGGCCAUCUCCCGACUCAUCCUGUGGGUGGAGAAGAGCGUCAGGUCCGAGGAUCGCAACAACGUCUGGCAGGUCCUGAUGGCGUACGUUGACCUGCUGGUAGCGGCUGACCACGCGGACCGAGUGCGGAUCUGGGGCGGCCAGUACUACUCUCAGGGCGGGCUGCCGGACACGCUCUUCAUGCUCAUGUCACACUCAGACUACCACAGGUCAGUAACUAGAUCUAACCAGCCUCUAACAGGCCUGUACAGUCUGUAUUAA